GGUUUCGACAUACGGUUUAUAACCAACCGCAAAGUCCAGGUAACACAAAGAAGUAAGUAGCCGAAACCCUAAAUCCUCACUCAAAUCGAUCGAGAUCAUCCAACGUUGAAGAGCUGUGUCACUAUCUCACAGAUCAAUUCUCAAAACUCUCCCCUACAAUGGUUGCACCGAUACUUGCAGGUGUUGCUGUCGCGGCUGCUGCUUACGCUGGUAAAUACGGAAUCGAGGCGUGGCAAGCGUUCAAGGCAAGACCACCUAGGCCUAAACUCCGCAAGUUCUACGAAGGUGGUUUCCAAGCUGCUAUGACUCGGAGAGAAGCUGCUCUCAUUCUCGGCGUUAGGGAGAGUGUAGCGGCAGAGAAGGUGAAGGAAGCGCACCGGAGGGUGAUGGUGGCUAAUCAUCCAGACGCAGGAGGAAGCCAUUACCUUGCGUCUAAGAUCAACGAAGCCAAAGACAUGAUGCUUGGCAAAUCCGAGAGCUCUGGUUCUCCCUUUUGAAACCUUUUUGGUCAGAUUGGUUGAUCCCAUCGACAAAAGCAAAUGUGGUUUUCUGAGUUAUCGGUCUGGAUCAAGAACAAGGUGAUCAGACAUUGAUUUAUGUUUCUUAGCUAGAUUAGAUUGUAGGAAUCAAAUUAUAAGUCAUUCUAGUUCGAUUAUCUAAUUAUGUUUUUUUUCUGGACAAAUUUUAUCCUUUCAGAUUGAAUAAUUGUUAGCAAAUUAGAGUGUUAUUCAAUCAUAAAAUUCAAUAGAAUUUGAUCUGAACA